AUGGUUCACAUGCGUUGGUUGUUAAACACGUAUCAACUGAUGCACAGGCUCACAUAUCAGCAUACGAAAAAUCCACUGCACAUUUCGAGUAAUUUAACAAUAAAUAAUGCUGACGAGUAUAUAAGAAGAUGUGCUCCUACAGUGAGUUGCGAUCCGAAUGCAAAGUACAGAACAAUUAAUGGUUCUUGUAAUAAUUUACUAUCACCCACCAUGGGUGCAGCAGAAACGCCAUUUUUGCGUUUGCUUGAUGCUGAAUUCGGUGAUGGUUAUUAUGAACUACGAAAGCAAAUAAAUGGAAGCGCAUUGCCUAGUGCUAGAUUAAUCAACGACAAAAUAUUUAUGGGCCGAGAACUGUACCACGUGGAUGAAAAUAAUAUACUUCUAUUGCCGUUUGCGCAACUGUUAGCCCAUGACAUAACGGGUCUGCCGGAUGACACAUUGUUUGACGAACAGGGUGUCCUGGUUAAUUGUGCCACCGACAAAAUUGCAAGAAAGACAUUUACACAAUGCCAAGCGGCUGUUGAUUUUCCUCCCGAUGACCCUGUUUAUGGAAAAUACAAUGUAACUGGUAUGAAUAAUUACCGUUCGUUAACAUCGAGGAAUUACAGCUGUCCGUUGUUCCCCACAACGUUUAUGAAUGUGAACACUCAAUUCAUCGACGCAUCUGAAGUGUACGGAUCAAAAGAAAAUGUUACCAAACAUCUCAGACUCAUGGAGGGUGGAAGACUUAGGUUCUCAGUAAGUGAAAACGGUCAGAUGUUCUGUCCGUUCAUAGGAAGCAAAGAGGGCGUCGAAUUUAGCUCAAACAAACGACCCCACGGCAUUCAUUACGACACAGGAGAUCCAAAAAACGGUAAUCAAAAUCUGGGAAUAACGGCAAUGCAAACAUUAUUCUUAAGGUUCCACAACUACAUUACUUAUAAAUUGUCGGCUUUAAAUCCGAAUUGGUCGGACGAAACGCUUUAUCAAGAAGCACGAAGAAUUGUCAUUGCAACUAUACAGCGUAUAGCGUACGAAGAUUUUUUACCUA